CAUAGACACAGUGCAGCAGUCUCCCUCCCUGUCAUAUUCACAGCUAUACUAAGCCUGGCUUUGUGUUGGGAUGUAGCAGUGUGAUUGGAGCAGCUCCUAGACAAACCCUCUGCACCUUAAUCGGCUUUCUUCUCCUGGACGCGACCCACUUGCAAAUUAAUCACCUUGGGAUCAGAAGGAAAGUAUUCCUCCACUGCUUCCAUGUAAACCAGGAUGGAGACCCCCAAGGACAAGCACCUCUGCCCCCCAAGAAUCUGCACCCCUCACUGUGUAUGACAGGUGGACAUGUGUCUCCUACAAAGUCAUCACUGUGCUCCAAAAUAUGGGUCCUCAAGAGCCUAAAGUCAACUUUUAAGGACACCUUCAGCUCAGUAAGUAGUUUAUAGAUCCUGGAAACAAUUAUAAAAAAAAAAUGGAAGGAAGAUCUGGAAUACUUUACCAACCUCCUCAUUCAAGGACAGGGGUCUUCUAACUUCCCCCAUGAGAACAUCUCCUGUUGAAGUGGGAAGAAGAAUAGAUGACUUCUCCAUGGGAAAAUCUGCUCUUUGUAGAAGACAAAGGAAAAAGAAGAAGACUGGCCAAGGACCUCUCUGGUGCAUAUUCUUCUGCUUUGAUGGGACAGUGAGUACCGAAGCCAUGCUCCAGAACAUCUCCAACCAAACUUCUGAGCCCUCAGAGGACUCCCAUUAUAACUUCCUGGCCUUGAUCUUUGGGCUCAUAUUGAUUGUGUGUAUCAUUUGUGGAAAUGUCUUAGUGUGUCUUAGUGUCUGUACAGAGAAAGCUCUGAAAACCACCACCAACUAUUUCAUAGUCAGUCUGGCGGUGGCUGACCUUCUCCUGGCUGUGCUGGUGCUGCCACUGUAUGUAUACACAGAGUUUCUAGGAGGGAUGUGGACUCUUAGUCUUGUCUUAUGUGACGCCCUUAUGACUAUGGAUGUCAUGCUGUGCACUGCCUCCAUUUUUAACCUGUGUGCGAUCAGUGUGGACAGGUUCAUAGCUGUGUUCGUCCCGCUGAACUACAACAGGCGGCAAGUGGAUAAUCGUCAAUUGUUCCUGAUCUCAACCACUUGGAUUUUUGCCUUUGCUGUGGCUUCUCCUGUCAUUUUUGGACUUAAUAAUGUUAAAGACCGGGAUCCUACUGAGUGUAAACUAGAAGACAACAAUUAUGUGGUUUACUCCUCUGUUUGUUCCUUUUUCAUCCCAUGUCCUAUAAUGGUAGUCCUUUAUUGCGCCAUGUUUUAUGGACUCCGAAAAUGGGAAGAAACCAGAAAAGCCAAGUUACGGAGUCACAUGUCUCCAAGACGUAAGCCACCAAGCCAAACUCUAAUAUUUGAUAGGAUAGAUAGGAUAGAUCGAAGUCCUACUGACAGCAAGCUGGAUGAACUUAUAUAUGACCAGCCAGACUGUCCAUAUUCCAAAGCAUAUGUGGACAAUGGCCAUGGUAUACAGGCUGUUUCUUACCCUCACCUGAAAUAUGCAUCAAGUAUGGAGCCAGAAAGGAAGCAUACCAAGAUCAAUGGACGGGAAAGAAAGGCUAUGAGGGUACUCCCAGUUGUUGUUGGUGUGUUUCUCUUCUGCUGGACACCAUUCUUUGUGGUGCACAUCACCCGAGCUCUUUGCGAGUCUUGCUAUAUGCCUGCACCUCUCUUUAGCACCGUAACAUGGUUGGGAUAUGUCAACAGUGCCCUAAACCCGGUCAUCUACACCAUAUUCAACACCGAGUUUAGGAACUAUUUUCGCAAAGUGCUUCGAAUGUGCUGCUGAUCCUCGGAGACAUGGGACAGCCCAUAGCGCAAGAGGUUGCUGUGAACUUUACUGUGCGGACUACACAAUGUGGUUCUUUCUCCUCAACCAUUUUGGGUUGAGGCAGUGGACAGGGCAAAUUAUAGGAGGCCUACAGCAGGAAACGGGGAUGAGUAAAUGUCAACUCGUCACUUUAGCGAUUCCCGAUCUGGAAAUGUUCCUGGUUUAUUUCAAAAUUCAUAAUGGUAUUCAGUAGAGCUUUUGAAGAAGCCGCAGAUUAACAAUAGAAAGGGGUAGUCAUGUGAUGUGGCUCAAUUCUCUCAAAGAGUUAACCAUGAUUUCAUCCGAAUGGGUUAAAAAAAAAAAGUAUUAAAAAUAGCUUUCCAUAAGUGGAAGUAAGUUGCUUUCUCUACAGAUGGAACCCCUUUCUGCUGUGCAGAACCAAGGAGAAGACCUUAUUUGUCCACAACUGCAAUAGUCACUUGAAAGGAGUCCAGAAAAACUUCAACCAGCUUUGUUUUGUGAUGGAGCACACCAGUACUUGGGAAAUGGAGAAGAAAGCUUUUAUAUAGAGAAAUA